UACAAGUUAUAUAUACUGUGACUCAGAAAUCUGCCCUUAGCACUGACCUCUCCAUAGAUGAGUGGAAGCCACCUAAAGUUCCCAUCACUAAGUAGCAUACAAGGAGAAAGAUUGUGAUCAUGACAGAGUGAGGAAUGGAUUGGAUGGAGGUACAAUAGAGAAGGCAGGUGGAUGAGAUGUCUUUUGUGUCUAGAAAUCCCCAUUCAUCCUUCAAGAUGCAGCUCCAAUGCCAUUUAUAUUGUGAAGACUUAGUGAAAUUUUUCAGUGAUGAAAUUAACCAGAUACUGAGCCAUGGAGACCCAGAGCCUGCUUCCCAAGCCAGUGAUCUGGAAAUGACUGGAGACCAUACCAGGUUCUUGGCUACCUUCUUGGUAGCCCCAACAGCAGCAGCAGCACCAUCUAAGAACCGUGUGAAACACUGGAUUACCCCUUCAGUAUGUGAUCUGGCAGCAGAAGUCUUGGUUUCCCCAACCCAAACCCAUUUUACAGCAUUUGCUGAGUCACCUCACAUUAACACUAUUCAGCAGACACGUGGGGUGCUAGGAUUGCUUCCGGAGAUGCCUAAAGCCUUGGCGUCAAGAAACUUGACCUUUGCUUCAAGUUUCUUUCUCUCUCUUCAUCGGCCCCAUCAGACACUAAACCUUUGUUUUGUGGACAGUUUUUCAAGCCAAUUCAGCAGCUACACAAAUCUGUGCAAAUUUAGCUUGAGACAAGUUGCCUUCUCAACCCAGCCACAGUCCAUGAAUUUGUUGUUUAACCCAAAUCCAAUUGAGUGUUGCAGGAAAGAGAAGAGGAAACAUCUCACACCCAAGUGGCCCACACCAUAA